UAGAUAACACAGACACAAAGUCACAAAUGGCGGCAUCGUAAAGAUGUAUGAAAACAAAUAAUCGCUUUUUGGCGUUAAAUUAAGGUUAGGUAUAAGGUUAUAAGUGUGGCUAAGGUUGUUAGGGUUAAAAUCUGAUUGUAAUCAAUUGUAGAAAUAGCGGGGUUUAGCCAUAAUUGUGACUUUCUGGCUGUGUUAAGUGACGACCUUUUUGGGUAGCGUCAACUACUACACUGCGCCUGCGCCUUGCCAUUUACGUGCUGCGAGUCUCAAAAAAUGCCGAUGUGGCAUGUGUAAACGGAUUUAGGGAAACAAGUUGGAGAAAAGUGAGAAUAUAGUUGCAAUGGAACUUUUUCUCUUGUGCUUCUUUUGGGUGUGCAGCUUCGCUAUUGCAGCCGAGGACGAAAGACUGCCCAAUCGAUGCGAAGGUAACGUUAGCCUAGUUACAAAUUGAAUGUGACGAUGCUUUGGGCAACGUUAGCUUUUUGUUUACUUAGCUAGCUAGAUAACUAACUAGGAGAUUCAAUUGUCUGUGAAUGCCUUUUCCUACUUACAUGGGACGUGUUUAUAAACCUAAAUUAACAUUCAUUUGAACAACAUCCGUCUGUCUGAACCCUACAGUGUGUAAGUUCUUGACGGUGGAGCUCCAGGCAGCCUUGGAGAAGACAGGUCGGUCCAAGGAGGUUCUGGAGCUGGGAGCAGUGCUGGACACGGGUAAACGCAGACGCAAGAUCAAAUACAAUACCUCGUAAGUGACCCCAGGGCUAGUACUCUAAAGUGUCCCUCUCCUUCAACUGUGAUGAUCUGAUAAAACAGGAUGGGUCAUCUGGCCUUUGAGAUCAGAGCCAAUGAAGGGAGGGAUAAAUGGAGAGGAAGCCACUUUAUGUUAUGGAGAAGGAGAGGCAAGCCUCUCGUUGAGUUGAGCUCUGCUCUCUUGUCAUAGACUGAAGUGAUUUGACCACUCAUUUUGUAGUAGAACAACACUGAGGCCACUGAGUUGUGAUUUUUGAAAUAACUGUUUCCAGGGAGACCCGUCUGACAGAGGCAGUGGAUAACAUCUGUGAGGGGAUCCUACAGUACAGCGUCCAUGCUGAGAGACCUGGCAGCCUCCGAUACGCCAAGGUCCUCACACCUCUCCAUCUUCGCAGUUUAACCUAUGGUCAUGCUUUAGAACAGUGUUCUUCAAUCCUGGUCCUGGGGACCCGCAGGGCAUGCAGGAUUUUGUUCCAGCCCACUACUAAACACACCUGAGUCAACUAAUAAUCUUUGUGUGUUUUAGGGCACCAGUCAGACCAUGGCCACUCUGAAGAACCUGGUCCAUAAGGGGGUGAAGGUGGAGCUGGGGCUGCCCUAUGAACUCUGGGAUGAACCCUCAGUGGAGGUGUCCGACAUGAAGAAACAGGUACAUACCUGUGUGUGUUUACACAUCAACAUACAGCUUAACAGGCAGGGUGUUGUGCGUGUUCAUGAAAAUAAUAAGUGGGUGUUGGGUUGUUUCAGUGUGAGACGAUGCUAGAGCAGUAUGAGGAGGUUGUGGAGGACUGGUACUUCCACCACCAGGAGGAGAGGCUGGAACGCUUCCUGUGUGAGACACACAUCCUAAAGACCUCUGAGCAAGGUAGGACACACACUAUAGCAUACACACUAGCAAAGCAAACACAUACCUAAAGCACACACUCACUCAAAACACAACAUACACGUGUUUACAGAGAGUUCAACACUUGCCUGGUUUUUCCCCUCUCUCUCCCUCAGAAUGUCUACAGGAGGUUUGGAAGGGUGACAUGGGAACGAAGGGAUCCAAAGAGGAGGUAGCAAGCGAAGGAGAGGGAGGAGGGAAGACACACGACGCAGGAGAACUGUGAAAUCAUCCAAAAUGGCGGAGUGAAAGUCUCUCUAACAGAACUACCCCUCCCUCCUUCCCAAAUGGUCAUAAGCUAUUUGGAGUGGAACAUGGUUAGAAUGCAUGGAGAGUAGUUACAAAGUUACAUUCAACAUCAAUAAUACUGUAUGUAGCAGACCAACCAACUAAACAUUACAUUUCCUAUCUCUGCAUAGACUAUGAGCCUCCUGUCUUGUUCCUCUGAAAGCCAAAAGUGAGCUAAGUCAAGUCUCCCGGACCUUACAGGGCUUCACCACUCUAAUAUCAUACACUAUAUAUACAAAAGUAU